AUGGGAUUCAAAAGGAAAAUUACGUCUAAUCCUACAUUCAUUUUCGAAUUCAAAGAGAUGGUAGGGAAUCUGUGUGCUCGUUUCAGAUGGACUCAUGCAGCUCUCAUCUUACUGUUUGCGUUAAUCAUUCAGAUACCGGCUGUGUCGGCGACUGCUCAAUUAAUACCAGGAAUCGUUCUCCAAUGUCGCGGUUGGACGGCGGGAGUAUUUUUCACCUGCUACCGGUAUAUAGAAGCAGCUGUGAUAGCAAAAGCUGAACUGAUACCCGGAAUCUUCGAUCAAUGCCUCAAUGCGGUAAAAGAAGUACUCCGCCCCGGCUACCAGUAUAUGAGAGAAACCUUUGAGGGGACUAUGGCGGGCCUUCGUAACGUCACCUAUGAAGAUAUGAAUGAAGAAUUCCUCAAACAAAAAAGGAGCAAAUCCGUGCGUGCAGUGGAGGUUGGCGAUGAGUAUGAAGUUGUUCAAGACAGUAAACAAGCUUUUAUUACACGCUUCCGGGAUGUCAAUAAGAUUGUGCGAGGUUGUUUGUUCUAUUUACUUCGGGUUUGGUUUCUUUUUAGCUUCUUGCCUUAUACUUUCCAUCUUUUGCAACAGAGGAUUCGUCGAGCUGUAGAUAGACGUAGGGAACAAAGAGCUUAG